UUUGUUCAGUGGCCGUCCAACACGUUAACAUGUGUGUUAUUGAACAUGUCGCCAGUCGUGUUACUCCUUUAUGCUGCCUCAUUUUCAUGUAAAAAAAAUAAAAUAAAUAUAUGUCGUCCGUAAGAAAAGUAGCCACGAGCGGUUGCAGAAUGUCUUAGUGUUUCUGAACGCACCCCCGAUACUGAUGAAGGGGGGAUAAUGGCAGCACAGGAGCCGUCUCCUCCAUCUUCCCUGGAAGGGAACAAGCCUGGCUUCCCCAAGAACAUUCUGGCCAACCACCUGGAGGACAAACAUUUGUGCAACUCCUGCCUGAAAGUCCUGAGGAGGCCAUUGCAGGCGCAGUGUGGCCACCGCUUCUGUUGCUUCUGCUUCCAUCAGCUCGUCAGUUCUGGACCGGAAAAAUGCAAUGCUUGCAUCAAAGAAGAUUUAUUUGAAGAACCCACCUCCAUUCUCACGCCCGGUGGUGCUUUUGCAGACAACGCAGCACGGAGGGAAGUGGAGGCCUUGCCAGCCGUCUGUCCCAACGAAGGGUGCACGUGGACCGGGACCAUCAAGGACUUUGAGGCCAGCCAUGAGGGGCUUUGUGACUUCGCCAUCAUCCUGUGUCCUUCCUGCAAAGAGUUGAUGCGAGCCAACGAGCAGGAACGCCACGACCAGCGAGAAUGUCCGGAGAGGACGCUCAACUGCAAAUAUUGUAAAGAAAGCUUCCUUCUGAAGGACAUCAAGGCUCACGAUGAGAUUUGCCCAAAGUACCAGAUGAUGUGUGAAGGCUGCGCCAAGAAGAAGAUCCCCAGAGAAAAGGUGGAGAAGGAGAAGAUCCCCGACCACGAGCGCCAGUGUUCCUACGAGCACCUCAACCUGCUCCUGCACUUCAUCAUGGGCAUCAAGGUGAGCCUGGAGAGCCUGCAGCCUCACAGCCUGGAGGUGGCCGGCCACAAGCUGCAGGAACUCCACCAGUCCCUGAGAGACUUGGAGCUCAGGAUGAGUCAGCUGGGCGGGGGAGGCGCCUCGGCCUCGACGCAGGACGGGAAGGUGGCCGAGCUGAGCCGGCGUUGCCAGGAGCUGGAGCUGAAAGUCAACACCUUCGAGAACAUCGUCUGCGUGCUCAACCGGGAGAUGGAGCGCUCCUGCAGCACCAUGGAGGCCUCCAACCGCCAGCACAGACUGGACCAGGACAAGAUUGAAAUCCUCAGUAACAAGGUCCGUCAGCUGGAAAGAACCGUGAGUCUGAGGGACUUGUCCAUCGUGGAGAUGGAGGGCAAGAUGAAGGAGAUGUCGGCCGCCACGUACGACGGCAUCUUUGUGUGGAAGAUCUCCGACUUCGCCAAGAAGCGGCAGGACGCCGUAGCCGGCCGAGCUCCCGCCAUGUUCUCCCCAGCCUUUUAUAGCAGCAAAUACGGCUACAAGAUGUGCUUGCGCAUCUACCUGAACGGAGACGGUACGGGACGAGGCAGCCACUUGUCCCUGUUCUUUGUGGUGAUGAGAGGACACAGCGACGCGCUCCUCAAGUGGCCUUUUCAUCAGAAGGUCACCUUAAUGCUGCUGGACCAGAACAACAGGGAACACAUCAUAGACGCCUUCCGGCCCGACGUCUCUUCCUCGUCCUUCCAGAGGCCGGUCAGCGACAUGAACAUCGCCAGCGGCUGCCCGCUCUUCUGUCCGCUCUCCAAGCUGGAGUCCAAGAACUCUUACAUCCGCGAUGACACCAUCUUCAUCAAGGCCAUCGUAGACCUGACUGGGCUCUAGGUUUGACUCCACAUCUGUUCAUAAUUGACCCGAUCAAGAGUCAUGGUGUUUGCUUCUGGACCUUACUUGAAUUCCAUGAAUUCCCAGUGCAGCACUUGGCAAGGUGUGUGCGUGUUUGUAUGAGAGUACUUUUAGUCAAGCUAAUUUGCCAAAAUUAAACAGAUAAAUACCGUAUUUUCCGGACUAUAGCCACGCCCAGUAAAUUUGAGAAAAAAAUGCAAUCUAUAUAUUUGUCGUACCAGACUAUAAGUCGCAUAUACAUACCUUGUGAAUUGAGUUAUUUACACAGAAAUAUUCUGUAAAUGUUUAUUUAAAUACCUUAAUUGUUUCCAAACAGUGUCUGUAACAGGGCAGUAAAACGGCUCAUCAAACAAAACAGAAGUCAUGGACCCACUAGCUGCCCAGGGCGAGCUCUCCAAUAAGCUAAACAGACUCGAUAACUCCACAGUGACGUUUUGGUGACUUUACUGAGGAAUUUGUGAUACCGAAACACUACAAAAAGAAUGCCAUUGUGUGUUAAUAAUACUAACACGGACACUCGUAAAUGUGUUAGCGUAUUAGCUAAUGCUAAUGACGAUAGCAGGUACAAAUAAACAUGAAAAGACUCCUACAGACAUCACACAUGGCACGGUUUAGUCAUAAUUGUUGUAGUUAUAUUGUAAAACCUACAACCAUGCUUGGAUCGAUGAUUGGAGAAUUCAUCUGAGUAGAGGAAAAAAAGCACUUUCAAUGAAUGGAAGGACACCGCAGCACCUGCAGUGAGCGAAUUCAUCCACAAGAUGCCGCCAUUGCACAAACAAUAAACCACGGUGUGUUUUUGCUUGUUUCUUUUAUCAAACAAUUAUUCUUAUUAUUGCCGUCAGCGUAGAAAAAUCAAUACAUUUUACGCCGCAGGGGUCAAAGUGUUGGAAAAAAAGUUGCGGCGUGUAGUCCGUAAUUUACGGUAUUAAUCCUGUCGACUUUAUCUCAGCGUUUGUGUGCUUCAUUUGGGAUCCAAAGUCGUUUUUAGCCUUCGUACGUACUUGUUUGUGUUUACGUUUAUAUUUCACCUUAAUAAUUGCUUAUCUUACUUUAUUUUUUGACAUAUUUAUUAACAACACAUGGGAUUUAAGAAGAGUUUUUUGACUGUAAAAUAUCUAACUAAAUGUGAACUUUAUCGGCUGAAAUGCAAAUAUAAUAAGUGUUGUUAUUAGUUGAAUGGGCCCUCACACUUAAUCACAACUCUGAAAUCCAAUCGGGUCGGCGCACGGCAACAUGUCCUUCUCAAUGCCCCGACCUACCAUCAAACGAUUCCAGAAGAUCAGGGUAUGUGGAAGGAAGUUGUAGUUAUAUUGUAAAACUUAUCAUUUUCCACCACCAGGGGCGUUACUGGUGUCGAUACGGUGACAUGAUCAGUUACCCCACCUUAAAGCCUCAAAUCGGUUGGAAAGUAGAGCUGACCAUUGCAAGUCAAGUCACGACAGAUUGACGGUUGAUGGCGAGGAGCCAAGAACAGGUAUGAACGGGUACUGACCCAUCCAGUUUUCGAGGCGACAUCUUUAUUUCAACCAAUUCUGAUCGAGAUCGCAGUUUUUGGAGCCCAGUUAGAAACGUUUGGACGUUUUGUGGCGAGCCAUCGGAUCAUGUUUGUGAUCCACAUGUUACGGCGUAGGAAAAAAUUCCUUUAAGGUUUACUAUCUGUCAUUUUAUUUGCGGAUCAUUUGGUUAAAUUUCCUGGGACGAGUUCAUUAAAGUACCACCCCUGUUUUCGGCCUAAAAAUGGCCGACAGACACCAAGAUGGCCGACUUCCUGAUUGUAUUUUUAAAUACGGGUGUGGAGGGGGGCGUGGCCUGCGGGCCUGUAGCGAAGCGGGUGUGCCAGGGCAGGCCUCGAAGUCAGCGACAGUUGCGUAGAUGGCCCAGGUGGGCCUUGUCAUCUGAACAUCUGUCGUUCUGUUUAAGUAGCAGCCGGGAGAUGACUUGUUGUUGUAGCUGGGGUGAGAGGGUGAGAGAGAGACACUUUAUGCUGAAAAGCAAAAUGAUGAAAAAUAGCCCAGUGUUGUAUCCUGAAACCCUGGCUCUCGUGUCCAUGCUUGGGUGGGCGCCAAAUUGUGGAGGUUGCCCUCCGGACCACCAAGCUUGGGCCGACAAAAAUCAGCGACAGUUGCGUAGAUGGUCCAGGUGGGCCUUG